CGGAAGUGCUCUGACGUCACUUCCGCCGCGUUCGGGCGCCAAGAUGGACGUUGCGCAGGCCCGCGAGCAGCUGCGGCGGCGGUACCUGCUGCCGCGGGACGCCGAGGCCCGGCUGGACCGCGAGGGCGACGCGGCGCGGGGAAUUUCUACAGCUGUCGAGAAAAGGGAGAAACCUCUUCCAAGACUUAAUAUCCAUUCUGGGUUCUGGAUUUUGGCAUCCAUUAUUGUGACCUAUUAUGUUGAUUUCUUUAAAACCCUUAAAGAAAACUUUCACACUAGUGGCUGGUUUCUCUUUGGCGGGGCCUUGUUGCUUGUGAGCUUGUCAAUUGCGUUUUACUGCAUAGUCUACCUGGAGUGGUAUCGUGGAAUUGAAGAGUAUGAUGUCAAGUAUCCAACACUGAUACCUGUUACAACUGUGAGUUUUAUCGCAGCAGGAAUUUGCUUCAACGUUGCUUUAUGGAACGUGUGGUCAUUUUUCACUCCAUUUUUAUUGUUUACCCAGUUUAUGGGAGUCGUAAUGUUCAUCUCACUCCUUGGAUGACUUCGGAAGAUCUGAGGACAUGGAAAUUUAAAGUGAAUAGUUAGAUGCCCAGCUUGCCGGUGGAUAGUGGGAAGGUCUGCAGUGUGUCCUCGUUCCUGCCAAGCAGGUGGGCUGCUGGAAAAAGCUAUAACUUGGGCUCUCUGUUGUUCAAAGCAGAAUAAAUUAUCUUUCACUUGCAUAUUCUCAGACUCUAGUGAUGACUGAAUUUUUAAGUCUGUUUUAUUAGAAAGUAACUGUUUUGCAAUGUUAAUCUGUUUGAAUCUUUGGAUGUGCUCCCAGUAUUUUAAAUAAACUCUCCUGAAUUUAAGAGAUAGCAGUUCAUUGUAUCAAG